GCUUGCAAGAGUCAACUGUGGAAAGUGCAGAGAGUUCAGUUGUUGAGAAGAUUUAAUGUGUGAAGAUGUGCCCCACAUCACUGCGCUGGUUGGUGCUUAUAAGCGUAAUAGGAUGCGUUGAACUGAUCACAGUCAAGACUCCGCGCAAACACGUCAAUGUGACAGUGGGUGGAAGCGUCCUACUCCAAUGUACAUUCGUGACUACCGCGGAGACCACCACAGGCCUUACCAUUCUGUGGGACUUUGAGUCGACGUCCUCCAGUGCGCCGCAGCAGGUGUAUUACUACCAGUCAGGAGAUGAGGUCAUUUCAAAGGCUUAUAAGGACAGGCUGCAGCCUACCUCUUCUCCUGGUACUACCAAAAACGCCUCAAUAAUAAUAAGCAACAUGCAGCCAUCGGAUGGUGGGGUCUACACUUGUCAGGUUCACAACAUUCCUGAUGUGGACGGACAGUCUGAGGCUGAUAUCAUUGUGACUGUUCUUGAGCGGCCCUCUGUUCCUUACUGCUCCGUCCACGGUGACGUGGAAUUGGGUCACCUGGUUACUCUGACCUGCCACAGUGAGCAUGGGAGCCCGAAGCCGACGUACACCUGGACCAGGCUGGAUCAGGCUAAGACCAGGAGGCCUGUACUGGGAAGAGUAACCCCAACUGGAGUACUGAACAUCGGAAACAUAUCCCAGUUUCAGUUUGGGGAGUACCAGUGCAAUGCUACAAAUGCAGUGGGAUCUGCAUCUUGCACUGUGGAGCUGAGUGCUGAAGUGAGCGAUGGAGUGAUCGCUGGUGCAGUGAUCGGUGCGUUGCUCGGGUGUGUACUGAUCCUCCUGCUUGUGUGGUUCAUCGCUCACACUGUGAAGAAACACAAAUACAAAGAGGUCAAAGUAUCAGAGGCCAACGAGAUGAAGAGGAGCUCUCCUCAGGCCCAGGAAGCCUCAGAGAGUGUUCCCGUGGCAACCACAGCUGGCAGCCUCCAUGCUGAGGCAGAAGAGCAACAAGCCUAAAAAAAAAAAAAAAAAGGGGGCGGCUGAAAACAACUGGAGCAACGUCACUCCUCUGAACAAUAGGAUGUUCAGUCUUCACUAUAUGUCACUCUCAAAUUUAAUCAGUGUGGCAGAGCUCAUGUUCAUGUUCUGCAUUUUGUUACUUGUUUUCUAAAUCAAAGUUUUUAUGCUUACCAUCAAUCCAGCCUUUAACAGCUUUUUUUCAUGUGUCAGUUUUUUAACAUAAAAUUAGCUUGAAUGUUUGCAGUGCUUUUGUUUUUUUACAGUAAGUAUGACAUUGAAACCAUGUUGAUGAGCCCAGCAUUGGAUAUACAAGCUACAUAAUAUUAAAACAAAUACUUGAAUUUAUUGAUUGAAAUAGGACAAAAAAAAAAAAAAACGGGUUGUUGUGGGUAGAAUCUGCAUCAUGCAUCAGUACCAUCACCUGCUCUAUACAACAUUCAGAGAAUUUCUAUGAUACAGGUCAGGAUUGUUUGCUCACGGCUCUCAACAUGGAGGUGGCUGAUCCGGUGGCUGGUAGCUAACAGUGCUAACAAUGGCAACAGUGGUGACAGUGCUAACUCUGCAGUUACACCUCCAAAACACUAGUCGGCAGUGGAGGUUUCUGUGAAGUGCUGUAAAGUUUAGUUGACUCACCCAAAACAUACAUUAAACACACAUUAAACAUGGCUUAAUAGAGACAAUUUCAAACACAAGUACACCAAUCAGCUUCACUAUAACUUGCAGGAUUCACAGACAAAGCAUUUGUCUUUUGCUGGACACGUUUUCCCCCGCAAAUACAACAUGCUAAUGUUAUUAGCACACACCUAUGGCAUUUUACAUUGUAUAAAUUAGCCUAGCGGCUACUUUUCCUUAACUCCUAUGAAGCCAGGGACACAGCAACAUUUAACAAAGGUAACGUUACAAAAUUCGGCUCCAUUACAACUCACAAGGUUCACUGACAAAACAACUGUCUUGUACUAAACACGUUUUCCAAACAAAUACUACAUGCUAACGUUAUUAGCACAGGCCUAUGGCAUUUUACAUUGUAUAAAUUAGCCUAGUGAUGAGCAGAGACUUCCUCUGCUCAUAUGAAGCCAGGAUAAAUCACACACAAGACUUAAAAUGCUAUUUUUGUGGAAGCUUUAUUGUCUUCACAAUUUAUUGUUUCUUAUCUGCGAAAUUAAAGUAAAUGGAAAAUGGUUUCAGCUUACAAAAAUAAACAGGAGGUCUGCGCCGCCAUGCAGUGUUGCCAACUUAGCGACUUUGUCACUAUAUUUAGCGACUUUUCAGACCCCUCUAGCGACUCUUUUUCAAAAAAGCGACUAGCGACAAAUCUAGCGACUUUUUCUUAUGUUAUUGAAGACUUCUGGAGACUCUGUUGUGAGAGCACGUAUCAUUCUUAUUCUUCUCAAUGAGCAGCGGGUGCUGCCGUGGGCUCCUCUCUCGCCCCAAAGCACUCACAGACGGCCCAGUCCUCCCUCCCAGCAGCAGUCAGAGCAGGAGAUGUUAACCCCUCCACGUCCAGACUGCAAGUGAAUUGCGCAUGCGCGGAACCGCUGCUGGCUGAUCCCGACCUGGUUUACAGUCAGGGUGGGAUGUAAAUGUAAAAUUUUCUUUGUCUAAUAUAAAUCACUGAAAGAAGGUUCAUUUAUAGUUCUAAACAUAUUCAGGGUGUUUUUUUACUCAGUUUUUGUCUCUCCAACGACGUUAUUCCUCUCUCCUACAGCAGCCAUUACAAUUACAUGCAUAUGGACAAUUAUUCAAAUUAGGUGAUGACGUUUUAGCGACUUCUAGCGACUUUUAGGACAGCCAAUAGCUACUUUUCUUACUGAGGAGUUGGCAACACUGCCGCCAUGACAUGAAGUUACAAAUGUUAGUUAAAGGCGCUGUAUGUAAGAAUGUGGCCAAAACGGUUACUGCACUCAAAUUCAAAAUACUGCCGCAAGUCAUGUCCGCCCCCCCUCCCCUACAGAUUCGAAGUUGCUGGACAGCGGCACGCUGGAGACUGAUUUGUUUGCCGUGGCAGGGCCACGUCACCUCGUAGGUUUUCCAGUGGACCGUUCGAGCAAGUCCGGCUUCUCUGCUGCUAACGCUGCUGCCGGGAUACAGCUGAGGAGGAGCCAGCUGCUAAUGCCGUGUACCGGGACACUGCUAAUGCUGCUUGCUGUGCUGCUGUAGCUCAGUCGUAACUGUAACUGAUGCUGAGACUCUACUGACUGCGUGACUGGUAGAUGGUGGGUGGGUGGCGCAACAGGCCAAAACACAAAUUCAAAACAUAAAAAUGAUUUGCGGACUGUAAAAAUGUUUUUUUAAUGCGAAUAUUCUGGCUGUACUAUUGUUGUCAGUGAGAUUAGUAUGUUAUAUGAACAUUAUUCCUUAGUCUCUGUGACAUAUUAGGAUGCUUUUACAACUAUUUGCUUUGGAUUUCUUACAUAUAACUCCUUUAAGACGUAAUAAGCUUUGUGUUACCUUCCUUAUAAGGCUCAAAUAUAUUUUGUGGCUUCAGACAGAUUUUUUUUUUUUUUGGCCUACGCCUGGUCUACCACAACAACAAGUAGAGAAGCUAGGAUUACAUCACAUUCUGAGGGAGCUUGACUUUAUCUAUAUCUUUACAUAGCAAAUAGUGAUUUGCUGCUAUAUUAAUGCUCCGAAUGUCAUAUACAGUACCUUAACAUUAACUAUAAAAAAAUUAAUCCUUUUUUACAGUUAACGGAUAUUACCAACUAACUCCCAAAGCAAAGGAUAAAUGGGCUUUCAGAUGUAUUUUUAAUUGAUCUUGGCUAAUACAAACUGUCAAACAGCUGUGGAUAAAGUUUGUCUAAUGAUGUUCAGAUCCUGAUUAAAAUAAAAUAUUAUGUUUUCUGAGUCAAUGAGUCAUGUAGGUAUUUCAGUGUGACCAUAAUCGAUAGUAUUCAGUUUCAUCUAGGUGGCAGUGAACAUGUAGCACCAGCAGCACUGUCAUGUCUUCAGGUUUGAGUCAAGAUUCUGCUUUUAUAGAUCCAAAACA